UCUACGCAACCGAGAGAUUUUUGGGAUUUUCUUUUGUUUGCAUAGUUUUCGUUCCUUAUUUUGUAUGCAACUCAAAAGUUUUUCCCAUUAAACUUUCAAGUACGUACUUUUGCAGUUGCCAUUUUGUUUGAUUCAAGCGCGUUGCUGAUUUCGCGAUUUUCACCGAUGCGAAAUAAUUACAUUCAGAGCGCAUUCCGGAAAGUUAUAUCGACGUUGGAAUGUGGAUUUCCCUAAGAGCAAUAUCCAGCAAGUCAGCUCUGGUCGACUUUGGUUAUUCCCGGCAUUCAUCGGCUCCCCGGAAGCGGAUUUCCUUUAGCAUGCGGAUCGAUUGUGCAAUACUUUUCCACCAUAUCAAGUAAGUAGAAAGGUGUUUUUAUGAUUGAGGGGCCUACUUAAGUUAAAUCUUGCCCGCAGGAUAAUUCAGGAUGUGCUAAACAUUUAGAGGAGAAACCGGAAUAUGAUGUACGUCAGAUUCCUCACCGGAUAAUUGGUUGGUGCCGGGAGAACAUGGCUGGAAAUAGUUUAUCAAAAAAAGACGGAUCAGGUACUGCUGAUUUCCUGAACAAGUUUCGAAGUUAUUUGGAAAGAGUAAGAGUGUCCGAAUUACAAAACAAGCUGGAGCACCGGCACGAUGUAACCAAACAUCAAAUGCCAACAGAUUUCAGCGGAAUCUGUGCCAAACAGUCCCCCAUGGGCUAGUGCUCUGCGGUGCUUGCAACCUUCGGCUGGAACCAAGUGUACUGAAGCUGUUACCACCGUUGCUUUCAAUAAGUUCGAAAGGAUAAUCUGGUCCGAAAGCAAUUAAUUAUUAUAAUGAACUGGCAAAUUCAAUCAGUUGUUUAGGCAACUAUGCCCUUUACAUUUGGGCAAAUUUGGGCCAAUUCCAGCGUCCGGGAGCUGUUGAAUCAGCAGCUGCGCCAGGAUAAACAAAUCCCUCAGAACUCAGGCCAGGACUUGACUAAGGCCGGUGAAACGUUCAAAAAUUAACCGGAGCGGGUUGUAGUCGUGGCAGAUUUGAAACAGCUGUUUUGUGUCAGCGCCAACAGUUGACAGAGAUCUGGCGUCUGAGGAUUUUCUUCUGAGUGGGCGUUAGCGACCCUACCAAAUAUAAGAACAAAUUUCGUUAUAUUCGUUAUAUUGGUAAGUAUUUUGCAGAUUGGUUGGUUGAAAAGUAAUAAUUGACACGUUUUCAUUAUUUUUAAGAUUACAUCGACGUUUCACAAGAUACUUUGUAAAAGUUGGAAUCGGAACAUAGGAAGAAACACGAGAACUAUUCGCUACGAUGGAUAGGAAAAAAUCAAAAAAAUAAUUAAGGUUCUUGCUUCUUAUGACAGUCUUAUAACAGCUUUCAAGUUGGUACAAAUUCUCAGUUUACAAGACUCGGGCUUAGAUUGGCACAGUAAACUGGCCUCGUUGUUAAGGUGGCCAAACGAGAACUUUCUUGGGAAAGUAUUUACAUCCGAAAAGCGAAGAACCCCGCACGGGAGAUGAUCGUCCACAUGCCCGAGUUCAGAGUUCCGAAAGUCAUUAAAAGUUUGACUACAAAGAAUUAUUACAACAUAAUUAAUGUCAGGAAUUCCGGAUAAACGCUUCGACUUGAGGCAAGAGCAUCGAAAUCAUAUCCUUCAGGCGGUGAUGGAGCUGUGGCUUAAAAGCUGUUCACGUUGCGCUGCAUGCAAACGGAUUUUGGGGCCCCGUGAUUUUAUUCGAGACCGUUUAUGGAUGAUUAUGAGGGUAGCCGAAACCGCCACCCGCGACGAUCAGCAACAAAAUCUUAAGCUAUCCCGUAAGAUUCCUGAUCGGAUACAAAUUGCCAGUCAUAGAGAGUACGACGAAAAUAGCAGCCCUCGUUCCGGUCAUGAUAGUCGAAUACUUCCCGCAUGUGAUAGUACUCUGCGGUGCUCGCAACAUCCGAAUGAAGCUAAGCCUGCUGGAGCUGCUGCCACCAGGGCCGCCGUUGCCCUCAAAAAAGACGAGUGCAUGAUCUGGUAGGGAAGCAAUACAUUUACAAUAAACCCAUAAAUAAAGAAAUAAAAGUUAAAUUCCUUCUUGUUUCAUUUUUGAUUCUAUUGAGAUUGCCAAUUUUAACGAUUCUAUACGAUUCGACGCACUGGCGAGAAAACAUGGAAAAACUUUCUGUUGAGUAAAAUGCACUAAACUUAACGUUGAGUUAAACACGCUAAACUUAAAGUUGAGUUUAAUGCAUUAAACUUAACAUUAAGUCCCUGCACUUUUU